AUGUCUGGUCCGCUCGAUCGGUUCGCAAGGCCUUGCUUUGAGGGGUCUUCAGGCGGAGAUGAAAGGAGAGAGGAGAGGAGAGAGGAGAGGAGGGAGAGGAAAUCUGAUUUCGAGAACUCUGAGGAUGAGAGGAGAACCAGGAUUGGAUCGCUGAAGAAGAAGGCCAUUAAUGCAUCUACCAAGUUCAAGCAUUCCCUCAAGAAAAAGAGUAGUAGGAGGAAGAGUGAUGGCCGGGUUAGCUCUGUUUCCAUUGAAGAUGUUCGAGACCUCGAGGAACUGCAGGCUGUUGAUGCGUUUCGCCAGUCGCUGAUCAUGGACGAGUUACUUCCCGAAAGACAUGACGACUACUACAUGAUGUUGAGGUUCUUGAAAGCACGGAAAUUUGACGUUGAAAAAGCAAAGCACAUGUGGUCUGAUAUGCUUCAAUGGAGAAAGGAAUUUGGCACUGAUACUAUCACGGAGGAGUUUGAGUUUCAAGAGAUAAAUGAAGUUUUGAAGUAUUACCCACAUUUCUACCAUGGCGUGGAUAAAGAUGGAAGACCUAUUUAUAUGGAAAGAUUGGGAAAAGUUGAUCCUCACAAACUAAUGCAAGUGACAGAUCUUGACCGCUAUGUGAAAUACCAUGUGCGUGAGUUUGAGAAAAGCUUUCUGGUCAAGUUUCCAGCAUGCAGCAUUGCUGCAAAGAAGCACAUAGAUUCAAGCACCACAAUUUUAGAUGUCCAGGGAGUGGGACUAAAGAACUUUACCAAGUCUGCUCGGGAACUUGUCAUGAGGCUGCAGAAGAUUGAUGGUGACAAUUACCCGGAGACUCUGCAUGAAAUGUACAUCAUCAAUGCUGGUGCUGGAUUUCGGCUCCUCUGGAAUACUAUAAAAUCAUUUUUAGAUCCUAGAACCACCUCCAAGAUUCAUGUUCUUGGAAACAAGUUCCAGAGUAAAUUGCUGGAGGUAAUUGAUGCCAGUGAAUUGCCGGAAUUCUUGGGCGGUACUUGUACCUGUGCAGAUCAGGGAGGUUGUCUUCGCUCUGAUAAAGGGCCAUGGAGAAAUCCUGAUAUACUGAAGAUUGUUCUUAAUGGCGGAGCAAGGCGCUCCAGGCAAGUUGUAAGAAUUCUGAACAAUGAGGGAAAGGUCAUUACCUAUGCGAAGCCUCCUCAUUACCCGACGGUAAGAGGUAGUGAUUCAUCUGCUGCCGAAUCAGGGUCUGAAGCUGAAGAAAUUGCUUCCCCCAAGGCACUUAAGGCCUACUCACAUCUGCGCCUGACACCCGUCCGUGAAGAAGCUAAGAUAAUGGGGAAGGCCACUCACCCUAUUAGCUUUCCUGGGUAUGAUGAGUAUAUUCCCAUGGUGGACAAAGCAGUUGACUCUACUUGGAAUAAGCAAGCAGCAAUCCAGAAGCUUGCAAUGUCUAAAGUUUCUGGUGCAGGUACGCCAACUGUUGCAGAAACCCCAAAGACUGCAGGGGCUAUACAUGUUCGGCUUUGGCUAGCGGUCCUAGCUUUCCUCAUGACUGUUCUAACUCUUGUCCGUUCACUGCCGUCUCGCUUUAGCAAGACAGGUUCAGAGAUGCUCUCUGAACAUGAUCGAGUUUCAGCUGUGAUUGCUAUUAAUACACCAGAGAAGGAGCUAAAUCGCCCACCCUCACCAACUGCUUCCUACACAGAAGCCGACAUGCUUACUUCUGUGUUGAAAAGGUUGGGUGAACUGGAGGAAAAGGUCGACACACUUCAAGCAAAGCCGUCUGAGAUGCCUUAUGAGAAAGCGGAGUUGCUCAAUGCUGCUGUCUGUCGUGUGGAUGCUUUGGAAGCUGAACUUAUUGCAACUAAGAAGGCUCUGCAUGAAGCGCUUAUGAGGCAAGAAGAACUGCUUGCUUAUAUUGAUAGUCAAGAAGAAGAGAAAUAUCGGAAGAGCAAGAUGUUCUGCUUUUGA